UAUUUUUACAUUAAUAAUGUUGGUGGGAAGGUCACAAGAUUACUACUAUUCCCAUGGUGUCAGUUGUUGUUUGCGGAAGUUAUAGUAUAGCUCAGAACGGAUUGGUUAUGUUAGGUUAGCUGCUGUCUGAGAACUGUCCAAGAUUGCCUAGCUGACUGGUCAGUUUGCGAAAAUGGCACAUUCGCGGAUUUACUAAUAAAUCAUGGAGGCACACUUUGCUAGAAUUUGAAUUUUUAGCCAGAAACCUACGGAUAAAAAACGUGGCAGGUUCGCAAUAUUUUCCAGUCAGCCAUCAUCAAUGAAGCCGUCGAUAUUCGACUCAGAUGAGGAAGAUUUCAGAGAAUAUCAACUAGAACUGAGAGAGAGGGCUAAUCGGAGCAUUCAGCGGUUGAGCAGAAUCCUGAAUGAGCAGUGCUCCGAGGCACAGAGCAUGGAGCCAGCGAUGAGCCAGGACAGCGCUGUCGCGGGGGACACCUGGAACCAGCAGAGCGACGCAGGCAACCAGCUGAGAUCAUUGCUGCAGGAGCAGGAUGGCAGUCCUGCCAGUAGUCCAGCUAAGAGGAGAUCCCUUCACAAGAGCAGCUCUCAGGGGGCAGAAGCUGGUUUACCCACAGCCCAGGACCUGGUGCCCAUGAUUCACAACCAGGCUGAGUACAUCCAGCACCUGGAGGCAGAGGUCAAAUUCUGCAAGGAGGAACUGUUGGGAAUGAAGCAGAGGAUCAGGGUGGUGAUUGUGGAGAAUGAGAAACUUCACAAGGAGCUGAAGUCCUACACUGGUGAAGAGACUCUGAAAGACUACACCAUCUUAGAUGCAACGAAUGGCCCUGGAGCUGAGCCUGUUGCAGGCAGCCAUCCCAGGACCUCUCCCUUUAGACGGAGUCAGAGUCAAAGCCGUGUACAGGCAGAGGACCACACCUGGCAGAAUGAAAUGGACAAGCUCAAGACACUCUAUCAAGCCCAGACUGAAACCUUGGAAGCCCAGGUUAUUUCACUAAGGAAGGACCUGGCGGUCUCUCAGAAGGAGUGUGAGGAGGUGAAAGGUCGCCUGCGGACGCGGGAGGCUGCGGCGGCUUCGGGCAGGGCCCAGCAGGCGGGGGGGCUGUGCCUGAAGUGUGCCCAGCACGAGGCCAUUCUGACACACACGCACACCAACGUGCACGUCCAGGCCAUCGAGAGGCUCACCAGGGAGAGGGAUGAGCUGGCUGGCAUGCUGGCGUCUCUGAGAGCCAGUCAGAGCGAUGCACAGCACAGAGAGUGGAGCUCCUACCAGCAGGUCAAACAGGCGGUGCAAAUGGCAGAGGAGGCCAACCUGGAGAAGACUGAGGCCCUGGUGCAGUGUGAGCAGAUACGCAGUGAGCUGAUCAGGCAGAGGGAGCGGUUGGAGAGAGAGCUGGUGGCUGAGCAGGAGAAGAUCUCCCAGGUGAGGGAGGAGGCGCGAGGCGAGGCCAGGAAGGAGAAGGAGGAGCUUGCUAAGAUGGUAACAGAGCUGUCUCAGACAGUGGCAGAGCUGCAGGGGCAGAGGGACAGGUGUGAGAGGGAGAGCAGCUCCCUUCAGGCACAGCUGGAGGAGGCUCUGAGGAAACUCUCCUCCCAGGAGGCCGAGAGCAACAAGGUGUGCGGGGAGCUGAGGUACCAAUUGAGCCACGCCCAGCUGAAGAGACAGGAGGCGGAGCGGGAGCUACGAGACCACACCUCCAAAAGCAGCCGGCAGCUGGAGCUGACCCAACAGGAAGUGGAGAAGCUGGGCCUGGAGCUGAUUGGCUGCCGGCAGCGGUUGGACGAGGCCCAGCAGGACGGGGGACGGGCCCAGGCGGAGGUGCUGAGCCUGACGGAACGGCUGUGCCACGCGCAGCACCAACUGCACCUCACCAGGCAGGAGAAGGAGGCUACUGAGCGCGCUCGCAGCGAGGACGCGGACGCUCUGACCUUCCAGGCGCAGCAGCGCGAGCAGGAGCUGACGCGGAGGCUGCAGCAGGCCGAGGCGCAGCACGAGCGGAGCGUGAGUGAUAUGGACGCUCUUCUCAGCUCCCAGAAUUCCCUGAUCAUCAAGCUGAAGGAGGAAUGCUGCAGUCUAGGGGUGCAGCUGGAGGAGCUGACAGAGAGCAGCAGGGGGGGGAGCAGGGCUGAGCUGGAGAAGUUGUCCCUGGAGAAGCUGCAGUUGCAGGAGAGCGUGAGGAAGCUGCGUGGGCGGUGUGAGGAGAUGGAGGAGCAGUGUGUGCAGCACGGCACCCUGCACCAGCGCAUGAAACACAGGUUACAGCAGCUGGAUGAACACUGUCAGACCAGCGCCCAGCAGGUCAUGGAGCUCCUCAGCAGACAGAACCAGCUGAUGCAGGAGCGCCACAUCCUCACCGAGGAGAUGCACAACCGGCUCACUCAGGUACCUGCCACUGCGAGGCCCGAGCCCUCAUUCUGAAAGCUCCAGAAAUGCUGGGGAAACCCGUGCGCGUGUUCUUCAGCUUCCAAUCAGGCCGGAGAGAGCGCGAGUUUGGAUACCUGCUGGUGAUACCGGGCCUCCUCUGCAGGGCGGCGCCACUCGCCGCUACGCGUAUCCCAGGGAGCCGAGCUCCCGUCAGGGGCACUCCGCUGCAGUGUGCUUCCCUGUGGCCUGGGAACACUGUACAGGAAACAGGGUUUUUAAAACCGCCUUACUCGCACGUUUACAAUUGUCUUUCAAUUUUGUAUUUUUUUUUUAUAUCAUUAAUAAACUGCUGUUCACAGAA